GAGGGGAGUGGCGGUCCCGUGGGGGAGUUUCUCUGAGCACAGAGAUUCCACUGGGACCACCUAGAACCACUACCCUCCCGAACAACAUCACGGGCACACUGAAAAGGGGGUAGGCAGAGGUGACACAACUGAUAAGAUGACACUUGAGACCGGAGAAAAAUGGCGAUGUCAUCAGUCUCACAAAUGGAAGCAUUCAAAUCUCAACUAACCCUAGAAGAAGGAGGGGUCAAAAGGGAGGUGCCAUCCAUCUUCCCCAACAUCCCAGCUCAGCUGGAAAACAACGCAUGGUAUGCAACUAUACUGACUACUGCCAGAAAAGUGACUAACCAGAGCUGCUACGCCUGUGGGCAGCUCCCCCAUGGGGUUGGGGAUUCCAUCCCAGUGAAACCCACGCCAUUAAAUGUCUCUGAGACCCUAGGAGUCAUGGUGGCAUUCACCCGGGGGGUCACUCUGCAGAACAGAACAGUGAGAGACAUGGGAGCUGCACUCAAGCUAUGUAACAUCAGCAUCACCAACUACGACGGCUCCACAGCCAGGUUUUGGAACAUGAACCAAAUAACCCAGCAAGGAAUUCAUCGGCCCAUCAUGACUACCAAUCCAACAUCCCAGGCCAAUACGGUUGGAUUCACCAGACAGUGCUACACGUCUAGAGAUCACUUCCUGGGGACUUCAGCAUGCAAACAGAUUGUCACUACAACAUGCAGCACCGGGUGGAACAAGGGAGGCCGAAGCGAAUGCAGGGGACCUCAGCCAUACAUCGCUCAGCUGAAUCUGACUGACACCACCAGCUUACACCGCCCAGGAAGCGACAAUCCCAUCGUCCUGAUGCGUACGGAGGAUGGAUUUGGAUCCCUAAGAGAGCACAGCAUGGCGAUCCACUACGAGAGUGUCACAAGGGGAGAAAGGAAUCAGUGGCAUCCUCCCCUGGUGGGGGACUGUGAAUAAUGCACACAAGAUAGACCACCUGGCCAUAGAUCUUGAGAACUUGACGGCACUGGUAGAGGUAGGGUUUUCCACUCUCAUUCCUACCAUGCAGGGGAUCAAAAACGUGGCCCUGCAAAACAGAAUGGCUUUGGACUUGAUGCUGGCUAGUCAAGGAGGAGUUUGUCAUAUUAUUGGGACUGAUUGCUGCACCUAUGUUCCAGACCUCACAGACAAUAUGACUCAUGUUGUUUCCCAUCUGAACGACCUGCUACAUGAGGAGAAAAGCCUAGACUCCCAGAGUGUGGGAGGAUGGGAUAUGUGGUCAUGGCUGACUAUGGGAGGAUGGAAGAAUGUGCUGAUGAAAAUGUUGGCACCCGUGCUCCUAGUUAUUGUGCUCUUCCUCCUUUUGACCUGCUGUGUAAUUCCCUGCUUCAGAUCAAUGAUUGCUACAACAAUUAAAUCAUCUAUGGGUCAGUAUAUGAAUAUGCCAAUAGAAACAUCCAGCUCUGUUGAAUGGAUUCCACCGUUUGACAAUGAGAUGAUUUGAAGAGAAUAAAAUUGCAUGUAGCCACA